CGCACUGAGCCCAGUCCCUCUCAUCACCCUGCAGUCACUCCCGGCAGAUGCACUUACACACGCAGAGGACCAUAAAACACUUGCUUUCCACUUACCAAGCAGGAAAAGGCGAUUUGCUGAUGAAAUAGAAAUAUGCAACUCAUCUGGGAUCAAAAUCAAAGGCAAAUAAAAUCUAAAAGUUAGAGCAUUAGGCACUCCUUUCUGUAGUGCUUUUUCCGGUCUUCCUUAGCCUACAUGAUGGCUAAACCGGUUUUUCUGUGCGCUAUUUGGUGUGCGUUUUUCGCGUGGUGUUCAGCUGCGCCAAAGGAGUGCGCGGGAACGGCCAUACCUACGGACACUAAUCCUGGGAUUAAACCCGAAUUUAAGGGGGACCUCGGAGAGAAGAAUGAUUUGCCACAGGAAGAGAUGAACACACAUCAGAACAUUCUGACCCAGCUGCUGGGUGAUUAUGACAAAGUGAAAGCCCUCUCCGAAGGCUCUGACUGUCGCUGUAAAUGUGUUGUCAGACCCCUGAGCAGGAGCGCCUGCCGGCGGAUAGAAGAGGGCAGCGGCACGGCGCAGGACGUCUACACCGUGGAAACUAUCACCUCGGGGCCAGAGUGCAAGUGCACCUGCAUCGCUCCUCCGUCGGUGGUCGAUCCCUGCGACAGGGACUUCAGGUUGAAGCAGCUACGGGAAGCUGGGAAGGAUAACAUCAAGCUCUCCUUGAUUAUGGAAUUGCUGGAGGGAUCCUUCUACGGCCUGGAUCUACUGAAGCUGCACUCUGUCACCACUAAGCUCCUGGACCGUGUGGAAAACAUUGAAAAGAACCAAGCAGUCUCUCAGAACCAGGAUGAGGCUGUCGCAGGCCGAGAGAAGAGGCCCUCUAUCAAGCCACAGCAGGUGAAGGAGAACCCCGUUACACCCGCCCCCUCGCUCCCCCUGAGGCAGGAGAAGAAAAGACUGGGUGAUCUGAGUGACGUGGCUACAGCCUAUCAGAAUAAAGAGGGGAGGUAUGAGGAGAGGUUUGUUGGAGGCCAUGAUUCCUCCAGACCCUUACUGAAGACAGAUGCUCCAGGACCAGAACCCAGCCCCACCCCCCAGGUGAUCCCAGAGGUGACCCCCCAGGAUGGGGCCAGCCAAGGGAGCCAGGGGGUGUCCCAGGGGGUGAAGACUGGUCCCAAAGGGAUGGUGAUCAGGGGGAUGACCUUCUACAAAUUUGACCAAAUGGUGGCUGAUGACGGGGAGCCAGGGGAGAAUAUCUUUGAGUAUGAUACGUUCAGUGGCGAUGGCCCAGUCAACCUCUUCAUCGAGGAACAGCUUAUCCAGCACAGAGCCCCUCAAAGAGCCAGAGGGAGGGCGGGGCCAAGAGCCGCUCGGCCAAACAGCAGAGACCAAGUGGGAGGGGCUAGGCAGACCAGCCAAUCAACACAUCCCACCCAAACACAACCCGACACUCCUGAGAUGGUAUCUAUCGAUUCAGAACCUGUAGCAACGGUGGUUUCUAAGACGACUCCAUCCCCCAUAGGACAUACAGCAGAGGGCCAGACAUUCACCGCGACCCGGAACGCUAACAUUAACUCAACCAUAGUUGAGACCACUGGUCAGACGACCACUAGAGGAACUGAGAGGCCCAUCCCCAUGAUGGUCAAACCAGCCAGCAUCACUCAGACCACAGAGGGACCAGUCACUACAACAACCACUCAGGUAGCCAAGGAGACCAUGAGGCAGACGACAGUCAUACCGACUGACACACCUGUCAUUGCCUUGGAAAGCACUGGUUUGGAAUCACUCAGAGCCUUGGAAGUGAAAAACAAAAGACUAUCAGAGAACAUUGCAAGCACUAGUACAGUCGACAAGCUCAACACUCAAAGACCAACAAUAACUACAGAGGCUUCGACCAUCAACACAAAGACCACUACUGUUGGCGCGACAACUGCUGCCGUGACAAUAACUCCCCAAACACCCACAACAACGGUCUUGCUAGCGACUACCACAUCGCCAACGGAAAGCUCUAGGUUGACUUUGUCUCCCACAACACAGAGGCAGACCACCCCCUCCUCCACUAGACCACCAGCCACCACCACUUCUACCACCACCACCACCAUUGGCCAGCCUCAACCUGCCAAACGCAGGUACAGCAUCAGCUGGGAGGAGGAGGAGGAGGGGGGGACCCGGAAGGACCCAAAGGAACCAGGGCAACAAACAUCCCUCAGGAAGCCUGGAGAGUGUAAGGACACUCUGGCCACCAUCUCUGAGCCGGUCCUCCAUAACACCUACGGCCGGAACGAGGGGGCCUGGAUGAAGGAUCCUCUGGCCAACAACGACAAGAUCUACGUCACUAACUACUACUACGGAAACAACCUGCUGGAGUUCCGCAACAUGGAGGCCUUCAAAUCAGGCCGCUUCACCAACUCCUACAAGCUUUCCUACAACUGGAUCGGCACGGGCCACGUGGUCUACGACGGAGCCUUCUACUACAACCGCGCCUUCUCCCGUGACAUCAUCAAGUUCGACCUGCGCCUGCGCUACGUGGCUGCCUGGACGAUGCUGCAUGACGCCGUGUUCGAGGAGGCCUCGACACCGUGGCAAUGGCGCGGUCACUCCGACAUCGACUUCGCAGUGGACGAGAGCGGCCUGUGGGUCAUCUACCCUGCACUGGAUGAUGAGGGCUUCCUGCAGGAAGUGAUCGUCCUGACGCGGCUGAACCCCUCUGACCUCAGCACUCAGAGGGAGACCACUUGGAGGACAGGCCUCAGGAGGAACCACUAUGGGAACUGCUUUAUCGUGUGUGGCGUCCUGUACGCCGUCGACAGCUACAACGAGAAGGACGCCAACCUGUCGUACGCCUUCGACACGCACACCAACACCCAGAUGAUUCCCAGGAUGCCCUUCACCAACAACUACACCUACACCACACAGAUCGACUACAACCCCAAGGAGGGAAAGCUGUACGCCUGGGACAACGGACACCAGGUCACGUACAACAUCGACUUCGCCUACGUUUACCCCCUGUAAGAGGUCGGGAAAGGUCACUUUGUUUUUGUAUAAAAUAAUUACCUGAAAUGAAAAGAGCAAAGAGAUUCUAUGAGUUGAAGCGGAUUGUAGACCAGUCCUCCUGGCCACUCAUGUCAGCCUCUAUAAAGCCUAUAAAGCUUGCUGUUCUGUCACUGUGUUUGUUUGUUUUGAUUGACCUGACAAGUUUAAACAGUAGAGAAGCAAAACGGUUGCUGUAGUCUAUAGAGCCUAUGUUGUAUAUACUGUAAUAUAAACCUAAACCAUUGUGAGAGAAAUGAAUGUACUGUAGAGGAA